GUCUGGUUUGUCGUGAUUAGGAUUAUAUUUUUGUGAUACAAACGUUGUGAUUGUUUAGUUAGUCCCGACCCGACCCGUCCCGUCCAAUCCCGUCCUCCCGUUUUUGCAUACCUGACGGGGUUAGGAGGACUGGUUAUUAUUAUUUUUUAACAAUUUAUUAUUGAUUAUAAAAAAAUAUGGGCGACAGUGAGGGCGGCUCAGAACAGGAUGAUGUGUCGUUCCUCAGGACGGACGACAUGGUAUGCCUACAACACGGCGCCACCGGUAAUCGGGUGUGUCUGGCGGCCGAAGGUUUCGGCAAUCGGCACUGUUUUCUCGAAAACAUUGCCGACAAAAAUCUGCCGCCCGAAAUGUCCAGCUGUGUGUUUGUUAUUGAACAGGCUCUGAGUGUACGGGCCCUGCAGGAAAUGGUCACUGCCGAAGCGGCAGCGGCCUCGUCGAGUGGCGACAGUGGCGGCGAUGAAGAUCAGAAAAAACCGUCGCCGUCGACAACCACGUCGGCCGCCGCCGCUGCCGGCGGUGGUGGUGGUAGUGGUGGUGCCGGUGGAGCUACCGGUGGCGGCGGUCAUCGGACACUGUUGUACGGACACGCCGUACUCCUACGACACGGCUAUUCCAAUAUGUAUUUGGCCUGUCUGUCGACCAGUUCCUCGAAUGAUAAGCUAGCUUUCGAUGUCGGCCUACAGGGACACUCCCAGGGCGAGGCCUGUUGGUGGACAAUACACCCGGCCUCCAAACAGCGAUCGGAGGGCGAAAAGGUUCGGGUGGGCGACGAUCUCAUUUUGGUAUCGGUAGCCACCGAACGAUAUCUGCACACGGCUCGGGAGUCUGACCAGUCCAUAGUGAACGCCAGCUUUCAUCAGACACACUGGUCGAUAGCACCGUUCGGUACGGGAGCCUCGCGGGUCAAGAAUGUCGGCUUUGUAUUUGGCGGCGAAGUUUUACGCUUUUUUCACGGCGGCGACGAAUGUCUGACAGUACCGGCCAACUGGGCCGACACACCCGAACAGAAUACAGUGGUCUACGAGGGCGGAGCCGUAUUCAGUCAGGCCAGGAGCCUGUGGCGCCUGGAUCUCGUACGCACCAAAUGGUCGGGUGGUUUUAUCAACUGGGGUUAUCCGUUGAGAGUAACCCACAUAACUACUGGCCGCUAUUUGGGUAUCAACGAGAACCGGGAGAUAUGUCUACUACCGCAGGAGCUGAGUACAGUGGAAAGUACCGGUUUCUGUUUGAGACCAAACAAAGACGACAAACCCAUUGUAUUGGACGAAAAAGAGGAGGAAGUACUCGGCUCGGCGCUGGUCAAGUAUGGCGACACUACUGUCUAUUUGCAGCACUUGGAUACUGGCCUAUGGCUCAGCUACAGGACCUACGAGACAAAAAAACGUGGCGUCGGUAAAGUCGAGGAGAAACAGGCCAUAAUGUCAGAAGAGGGCAAAAUGGACGACGGCUUAGAGUUUAGCCGAUCGCAGGAAGAGGAGGCAAAAACGGCACGUGUUAUACGCAAAUGUGGCCAACAGUUCAAUAGGUUUAUCCAGAAAUUGGAUUCACUGCACGCGUCGCGUACGACAUCUCGAGCGGCACAUCAUUCGCGUAGCGGUUCGGCCAGUCCUACAGGUCAACCGUUUACACCGACUCCCAGUCCUACACCAACGACUACAGUAGCCCCAUUGUUUACCGAUGCAGAUCAGGGCGAAAUGGUUAUGACAUUAGAGGAUCUGAUCAAUUAUUUUUCGCAACCGGAGGACAGUUGCGAUCACGAGGAAAGACAGAAUAAGUUGAAAGCGUUGCGCAAUCGACAGGAUCUGUUUCAAGAGGAAGGCAUACUGAAUCUGAUACUGGAGGCCAUCGACAAGAUUAACAGUAUAUCAGCACAGGGACUACUGGUGGCRCUGAUAGGCCAGGAGAGUAGUUCCAAUUGGGACGCCAUUACCAGCUAUCUGUACCAACUGUUGGCAGCCGUUAUCAAAGGAAAUCAUACGAAUUGCGCUCAUUUUGCUCAAUCGCAUCGUCUGGAUUGGCUAUUCUCCUCUCUGUCCUCACAACAGGCCAGUGAAGGCACCGGUAUGUUAGACGUACUACACUGUGUCCUAAUUGAUUCGCCGGAAGCGCUCAAUAUGAUGAAAGAAACACAUAUUAAAGUCAUAAUCAGUUUACUUGAAAAACACGGCAGAGAUCCUAAAGUUUUGGACGUCCUGUGCUCGCUAUGUGUCGGCAACGGUGUAGCCGUGCGUUCAUCGCAGAACAACAUAUGCGACAAUCUGUUGCCCAGCCGUAACCUACUAUUACAGACCCGACUCAUCGAUCAGGUGUCGUCAAUGAGGCCGAACAUCUAUAUCGGCAAAGUGGACAACUCGGCAAUGUUCAGGCGCUGGUAUUACGAAGUUACUAUCGAUCACAUCGAACUGGUCACCCAUUUGGAGCCACAUUUUCGGGUCGGUUGGGCCAACACCAAAGGUUACGUACCCUAUCCGAGUGGUGGCAGCAAAUGGGGCGGCAAUGGUGUCGGCGACGAUGUCUAUUCGUUCGGCUUCGACGGCGCCGACAUCUGGAAUUCGGGUCGACCUAACUAUGUCCGGUCGGUGGCCGAAGAUCAGCCAUAUUUGGCCAAAAACGACGUAAUCGGUUGUAUACUCGAUCUGAACAUACCGUUGAUAACGUUUACGGUAAACGGUGUACCCAUUCGGGGAUGUUUCAAAAAUUUCAAUACCGACGGCAUGUUUCAUCCGGUGGUCAGUUUGUCGGCCAAAUAUUCGUGUCGUUUUUUGUUUGGCGGCGAUCACGGCCGACUCAAGUUCGGUCCACCGCAAGGCCAUUCGCCGAUUGUACAGACAUUGUUGCCGAUGCAGGAGAUGACUAUCGAACAGUGCUUUCAAUUUGGCGAACUGGCCAAAGGUGUUAUGUACGGACCGUGCAGUCAGGCCGUCGAUGAGGUAGCAUUCGUACCGAAACCAGUGGACACCAAAGACAUAGCACUGGCACCGUAUAUCGAAAGUGUCCGGGACAAGCUGGCCGAAAAUAUACACGAAAUAUGGGCCAUGAAUAAGAUUGUACAGGGCUGGUCGUUUUCGGAUAAUAGGGAUGACCAACAAAAACGACAUCCCUGUCUAACAUCGUUCGAAAGGUUACCGGUUUCCGAAAAAAAAUACGACAUCACACUUGCGCUGCAAACAUUGAAAACUAUUAUGGCGUUAGGCUAUCGUAUAACUGUUGACAAACAGCCGACACGUAUCAAAUCUAUACGACUGUCCAACGAUCCCUAUCUACAAUCUAAUGGCUAUAAGCCGGCACCGUUAGACUUAACCCAGAUACAGUUGGUACCGAAAAUGGACACACUAGUCGAUAUGCUAGCCGAAAAUACCCAUAACGUUUGGGCAGCUGAACGCAUAUCCCAGGGCUGGACCUAUGGUCGAGUGGAAGACCAUCUGACCCGUCGGAGUCCACAUUUGGUACCCUAUCGGUUGGUCGACGAUAUCAUUAAGAAAGCUAAUGUGGAUACGGCAUCGGAAACAGUGAAAACAUUGAUAGCCUAUAGCUAUAAUCUGGAUGCGCCUACUGUUGACGCGGCCACUGAUUCGGGCGCUGGUGGCGGCGGCAAUCAAAAGUUGGCCAAUGCUCGGGCAAUGGUGGCCACUACCGAUUUUCGUAGCUAUAGAGCGGAAAAAACUAAUGCCGUCAACAGUGGUAAAUGGUAUUUCGAGGUCGAGGUUCAGUCGCCCGGUGCCAUACGUGUCGGUUGGGCUAACAUACAGUUUUCGGCUGCCUGUGAACUGGGCGGCGACGAACACUCGUACGCGUUUGACUGUCUGAAUGCCCGCAAAAUUAGUAACAACUCGGUGGAGGCAUUUGGCCGACAACCGCAAACCGGUGACAUCAUUGGCUGUAUGUUGGAUCUCGAGGACAGGACUAUUAGUUUCAGUUUGAACGGUGAACUAGUAUUGGAUACGGUUGGCGGUGAAUGCGCUUUUGCCGAACUGCCGGCCAGCGAUUCCGGUUAUGUACCGGCCUUUACACUGGGUAUUGGCCAACGGGUACGGCUGAUAUUCGGCCAGGACAUCAAUGCACUGAGAUUUUUCACUCUAUGCGGUCUACAGGAAGGGUAUCAACCGUUUUGCGUAAAUAUGAACCGCAAUAUGACAUUCUGGUACAACAAAGAUGAACCCGUUUUUGUCGACGUCCGGGACGACUCGCAUCUGGAGGUUACCCGUAUACCGGCCGGCAGUGAUUCGUCGCCGGCCCUGAAAAUUGCACACAAACUGUUUGAAACCCAGGAGAAGGCCAGUUGGGAAUUCCUACGGCUGUCGCUGCCGGUCAUAUGUCACGAAAAUUUUAUCGACGAACUGGAGAAGAGUACCCGUUGGGAGGAAGUCAAACGUCGUAUUAGGAGGAAUCGGGCCGAUAGGUCGGCCGCCGGCGGUUACGUACAUUCGGCUAAACUUGAACAGCAUAUGCUUCAGUCAGGCUUCUCCAUAUCCGAUGUAAAAGAACUGCAACGAACCUACAGUGACGAAGAGGGCGGCGAAACACCGACACCGCAGCCGAUGGCCAGCGGAGAGUCGCCGUGGGGUCAGCGCAAGCAUCAGCCGUCGUCGUUGACAAAAACGAAAAGUUUUGAAAAUGAACUGAAAGUGCCGACAAUGGUUGAGGCGCAACAGAUGAUGGCCGGCGGCGGCCCAGGUGGCCAACACCACCACCACAAACGGUCGACCAGUGUCGAGGCUAUCAACAAACUACGCGGCGCCGCUGCUGCCGGACCAGUUGGUGGUCAGGAUCCGACCGAAAUGGAGCGUAAACUACGAUCGCGAUCGCCGUUCAAAUUUUUCGCUCGCAAAGAUCCCGGAGCGGCCGCAGCCGACAAACUCAAGAAACAACGAAUCGGCGGCCGAGCCGAAGAAAUCGGACUGGACGGUCUGGUUAGUACACCGCCGGCCAUUGCCAUCAGUAAUGCAUCGUUUCGUGGUCUGUCGCCACCGUUUCCCAUGUCCAACAAACUUCAUGUGCCGGGAGGACUACAGCGAGACCGGACACCGAGCAGCAACAAUCGGCGGCCAACAUUGCCGGCCGCUGGUCAGCUCGGCUCACGGCGUGGCUCACGGGCCAAGAUUGACACCGAUUUGUUACCGGACGAAACCAACGAUCUGCUCGAUCCGACUGUUCUCGAUCUGGUGGACGAAUACUUCUACGGUGUCCGCAUAUUCCCGGGUCAGGACCCGAGUCACGUGUACUGCGGUUGGGUUACCGCCAACUUCAAGCACUACGACAAGUCGUUUGACGCGCAAAACGUACGCAAAACUACACUCCAGGUCUGGGCAGAGGACGGCCGACUAUCGGAUUUUUUUGACCGCCAAUACGCUUACGUACUCAACGCUGGCAAACUGUACGGCGAAGUUCAUGAAGACGAGGCGGCACAGGGAGGCUCGCGAUCUAAUCAGGGUAUGUUUGUUGGCUGUCACGUUGACACCAGCACCGGUAUGGUUAGUUUUACGGCCGAUGGCAAACCAACCAAACACAAGUUCCGCAUCGAACCGGGCAUCAAACUGUUUCCGGCCAUCAUAUUCGAGGCCACCAGCAAAGAGUGUCUACAAUUUGAAUUAGGCCGCACACCAACUACACUACCAUUGUCGGCGGCCAUAUUGAAGACCAGCGACAAACAUCUGGUACCGCAGUGUCCGCCCCGACUGAAAGUUCAGUCAUUGCAAGCCUAUCAGUGGUCACGAGUGCCGAACCAGUCGCUCAAACCGCAUGCCCUGAAGCUGUCGGAUAUACGGGGCUGGAGUAUGCUGUGCGAGGAUCCAGUAUCGCAGCUGGUCGUCCAUAUACCCGAAGAGGACCGAUCAGUCGACAUACUGGAACUGAUCGAGUGUGACCGAUUGCUACAGUUUCACGCCCAAUCACUGGCACUGUACGGUGCACUGUGUUUUCAAGGUAACAAUAGGGCCGCCCAUAUUAUAUGCGCACAUGUCGACGAAAAACAGCUCAUGUAUGCCAUACAGUCGCCCUAUAUGUCUGGGCCGUUACGUCGGGGAUUUGCCGAUCUCCUUAUAGCCUUGCACCUGGAGGUUCACGCCAAUGCCCGAUCGUUGACACAAAACGAGUUCAUUGUACCCUUAGGGGACAGUCUGAAAAAGUUAUACCAAAACGAAUCGAUGGUACACUCGAUACAAACGCUGGAGUGUGUGUCCAUUCGACCAGUGAUGACAAUGUCCGAGCGGACCGACAAAUUUGAUUCAAUCAAAGAUCUGUCGUCACCGUAUUUUCCAGUCGACAUACUCAAACAGUUUGUUAUGGAAGCGCUGGAUGAUGCCGUGAAAAAAGGCAAUCGACCGAAUCGGGACCCGAUUGGCGGCAGUACUGAACAUUUGUUUGUACCGCUGAUCAAACUGGCCGACAAACUACUGUUGAUCGGCUGUAUCAACGAUCAGGACUUGGAAUGGAUACUCAUUCUGAUAGAUCCGGAAACGUUUGACAGGGACUACGAUUUUGAGGCCGAACCACGAAUGAAGGGUCUGAUGCAGAUGAGUCUCGAAGAAGGUGCCAAACUAGAGAUGUGCCAUCUGUUACACCAUUUACUGGAUCUGCAGCUCCGACAUCGUGUCGAAUCGAUUAUAGCGUUCAGCAACGGCUACGUCGGGGAACUACAGGCCGACCAACUGCGCCGUUAUAUUGAAAUCAAACAGGAAGACAUGCCGGCGGCAGUGGCGGCCAAAAAGACCCGAGAGUUUAGGUGCGCACCGUUAGAACAAAUGAAAUCCAUAUUGAAUUUCAAAGAUUUCGAUGAGUCAUCGGCUGGCGAUCAGAGUCCGUGCGGCGAAGAUAUUAGGGAAAAGUUGGUUACAUUGCACGGAAAACUUAUGACCCGAAUCAAAGUAGUGGCCGAAGAGGAAGGCGCUAGCGGUGGUGGUGACCAAAGUUCCGAAUCGGCUAGUGGCGACGAUAUUGGUGUCCGAAAAACGUGGACAAAUCGAUUGGUUUCUAUUGUCAAUAGUGUUAAGUCUAUCGGCUAUAAAGAGGAGACGGCACCCGAAGAGGAACGUCCGCCGCCGGAGGACGUGCUGACCAAGAAAAUAGUGUCGACAGUCAUCAAGUGGGCCCAGGAAUCGGAAAUCGAGAACCGGGAGCUGAUUAGGCAAAUGUUUCAUUUGCUACUUCGCUGCUACAAUGGUGUCGGCAAACUGAUGGACGCCCUACAGAAAACCUAUGUUAUCGGCCAUCUGUCCAAAUGCGAUGUCGAACAGUUUGUUCAUCAUUUGAAUAAAGUUCGGGCACUGUUACCCGUGCAAAUGGGACCGGACGAGGAAGCGGUAAUGCGACAUUCGCUGUGGACAAUGGUCAACAAUCGGGUCUUUUUUCAGCACCCGGACCUAAUGCGUACACUAAGGGUACACGAAAACAUAAUGGACGUCAUGAUGAACACACUGGGCAAACAAAAAUCUAAUCCCGGAGGCGGAGGCAGCGGCGGCGGGGGUGACUCAGAAAAACUAUCGGAUACAUCGGAAAUGGUGGUCGCCUGUUGUCGGUUCCUAUGUUUUUUCUGCCGUUCCGGUCGUAUCAACCAGAAAGCCAUGUUUGAUCAUUUGAACUUUCUAUUGGAGCACUCAAACAUCCUACUGUCCCGGCCAUCGUUGCGCGGAACUACACCCCUGGAUGUUGCCUACUCGUCCCUAAUGGAAAACCCGGAACUAGCACUGGCCCUGCGGGAACAUUAUUUGGAAAAAAUUGCCGUCUACCUGUCCCGUUGUGGACUGCAAUCAAAUCAGGAACUAAUUGAUAAAGGCUACCCGGAUGUCGGUUGGGAUCCCGUUGAGGGGGAACGGUAUCUCGAUUUUCUACGAUUCUGUGUUUGGGUUAACGGCGAAUCGGUUGAGGAGAACUCUAAUCUGGUCAUACGGUUGUUGAUCCGGAGGCCCGAGUGUUUGGGUCCGGCAUUGAGAGGUGAAGGACCGGGACUGUUGGCUGCUAUCAAAGAUGCCAUUCAGAUGUCCGAUAAGAUUACCCGCGACAGGGAGACAAAGAUAGCCCGGGGCGAAGCCCAGGAGGAGGACGAAGAUUAUAUCGAUAUGGGUGCAGCCAUUCUGAGCUUUUACUGUGCACUGGUCGACCUGUUGGGUCGGUGCGCACCCGAAGCCAGUACCAUAGCUCAGGGCAAGAACGAGUGUAUGCGAGCCCGGGCUAUACUCCGAUCGCUGGUACCGUUGGAGGACUUGGAGGGCGUACUGUCGCUCAGGUUUUCGCUACAGUUAGGCGCAAAAGAAAAGUCCGAUAUGCCUACCGGCCUACUGCCCAGUCAUAAACAAUCGAUAGUACUGUUUCUCGAACGAGUCUACGGUAUCGAAACGGAGGAAACUUUUUUCCGGCUCCUGGAGGAAGGUUUUCUACCCGACCUGCGGGCGGCCACUAUGUUGGAGACCGUCGACGGCGGCGAAUCGGAAAUGUCGCUGGCAUUGAAUCGCUAUCUCGGCAACGCUGUACUACCGUUACUGAUCAAACACUCGGCAUUUUUUACCACUGCCGAUACCUGGGCUAACCUAUUGGACGCCACACUACAUACUGUCUACCGAUUGGCCAAAGUCAAGACACUGACCAAAGGACAGCGCGAAUGUGUAUCCGAUUUUCUGGUCAGCCUGACUCGUGAAAUGUUGCCAUCAAUGCUACUCCGAUUGCUACGUAAGCUAUGCAACGAUGUAUCGGUGCUGACCGACUACACUACUGUUGCACUGAGACUACUGACACUUCACUACGAACGCUGUACGAAAUACUACUCGACCGGUGGCCAGGGAUCCUAUGGAUCGGCAUCCGAGGAGGAACGCCGGCUGACAAUGGUAUUGUUUAGCAAUAUAUUCGACUCGUUGGCCAAAAUGGAGUACGACCCCGAUCUGUUCACACAAUCGUUGCCCUGUUUGACCUCUAUUGCGGCUGCCCUUCCGCCCGACUACUCGCUGACCAAUACAAAUCUGGACGACAUUAUCAACAAAAACGGUAUUUUAUUUUUUUGUGGUCAUACCAUCACCAGUACAUACCAUUAUCACUACUAUACAUACCAUCAUCACUACUACUAUACUAUACUAAAACACUACCCGAUAUACUACUACAUUAUUACCGGUAAUCAAUCUAUCUCUGUAUUAGGUGGAAGCGAUGGCCCGUACGUACCGAACCCGGUAAACACCCAAUCGAUAACCCUAUCCCCCGAAAUGGUCAAUUUGGUACAAAAAUUUUCCGAGCAUUAUCACGAUGCCUGGGCAUCGCGCAAGUUUGAAAACGGCUGGCAAUUUGGGGAUCAGUGGUCAUAUAGGAAAAGUCAUCCGCGAUUGAAACCGUAUCAGCUGUUGACCGAUCGCGAAAAGGAACGGUAUAAGGAACCGAUCAGGGAUGCCAUCAAAGCACUGUUAGCCAUGUCCUAUAAGGUCGAACAGUCCGAAUCAGGACAGUCGACUCUGGGCCGUCAGACAUCGAGAACCGAAAUGAAUCAGUCGGUUACGAUUGCCGACUAUAAUCCACAGCCGGUAGAUAUGGCUAAUCUGACGCUGAGUCGCGAUAUGCAGACACUGGCCGAACGUCUGGCCGAGAAUGCACACGACAUGUGGGCUAAAGGUGUUAAAGAGGAAAGCGAAGCACUGGGCGGUUGUAUUCAUCCGCAAAUGGUACCCUACGAUUUGCUUACCGAUCGGGAAAAGAAGAAAAACAGAGAACGAUCUCAAGAGUUACUGAAAUUUUUACAGUUUGAAGGUUACAAAGUGUUUCGUUCUGACACCAUUCCUCCCGGUGACCCAAGAAAUAGGUUAGGCUCAGUACUGAGUCCGGAUGCCGGUGCCGGCGGCAGUCUUGGCCAUCCGGGACAUCCGGCCGAAACACGUUUUGCAUCGUCGCUGUUGGAAAAACUACUGCAAUAUCUGGACAUUACAUCCAUGAGCUUACGGCUACUGAAACCGUCGGCCAAUCACACCCGUCGUAUGUCAUUCAAACAGAGCUCCCGUGAUGUCAAGUUUUUCUCGAAAGUGGUGUUACCGCUGAUGGAAAAGUAUUUCGGUGCUCAGCGAACUUUUUUCUUGACCUCACCGACGGCUACCACUACUGGAUCGGUAGCCGCGUCGGGCAUUGCAACCGUACGCGAAAAGGAAAUGGUGGCCAAUCUGUUCUGUAAAUUGGCCGCAUUUUUACGAUCAAAACUGUCGGUAAUCGGUGUCGACGCCAAAAUAUCCGUACGCUGUCUACAGGUGCUCAUCCAGGCAACCGAUGCCAAAACUAUUGUCAAAUAUUCGCCCGAUUUUAUCAAGACAUCGAUGUUAACAUUUUUCAAUCAUAUGGCCGACGAUCUGGCAAUGUGUGUGUUUAACCUACAAAACGCCCGGUUCUCCCAUAUCAGAGGUACUACAAUGAAAACAUCGUCGUCGCUCAACUACAUCCAACUGGUCGUCCUACCGGUGCUUACAUCACUGUUCGAUCAUUUGGCAGUCAAUGAUUUCGGAUCGGAUCUGCUACUCGAUGAUAUACAAGUGGCCUGUUAUAAACUGUUGAACUCGUUGUAUACGUUAGGUACUAAACAUGCGGAUUUGACACUGAGCCGUAAGUUUAUCCGGUCGGAGCUUGACCGGCAUCGGGCAGCACUGGGCAACUGUUUGGGUGCAUUUGCCAGCACUUUCCCCGUAGCAUUUCUGGAGCCACAUCUGAACAAACAUAACAAACACUGUAUUCACGGUAAAAGUGAGGAACAUUCGCUGGAAGCCCAGACCGUACUGACCGAAUUGGGCUCAUCCAUGCCUACAUUGGACGACCUGAUGGCCCUAAUCGACAAAUAUGUCCAAUCGAUGACCCGAUAUACUAGUGAACCCCAUACUAUCGAUGUUAUUAUGCCGAUGUUGUGCUCGUAUUUGCCGUUUUGGUGGUCACAGGGUCCCGAUAACGUCAACAUUACCGGCGACAAUCAUGUGACCAUGGUGACCAGUGAACAUUUGAAUAAUCUAUUAAAAUCGGUACUCGUGUUGGUCAAGAAUCAUGUCGGUGUCGAAGGACAUCCAUGGAUGGUCACUAUUGCCGGCCAUGCGGGACAAAUCAUUAUCAAUUCAUCGGAAGAUCUGCUAAUUGAUCCGGUGAUGCCAUUGGCACAGAAAAUAUGUAGUCGUGCCGAACAAGUCUAUCAUAAAGAGGAUAUGAUGCGCGGCUAUUUGAAAUCGGCAACCGAUGAUACCAGUGCUGUUGAACAACAAUUGCAGGAAGAGUUUGCACUGUUAGCUCGGGAUGUCUAUGCUUUCUAUCCGUUGCUUAUCAAAUAUGUGGACAUUCAGAAAGGUCAUUGGCUUAAAAACAAUAUACCGGAAGCCGAAAAACUAUACCACAAUGUGGCCACUAUUUUCAAUAUUUGGUCAAAAUCGCAGUUUUUCCGACGGGAAGAGCAAAAUUUUAUAUCGCAGAACGAGAUCGACAAUAUGGCACUGAUUAUGCCGUCAUCGGGACGGGGAGGUAGGAUAACGGCCUCCAAAUCGGACAGUGCUAAGUCAUCGUCAGCUAAAAAGGUUAAAAAGAAACGGGAGGGUAAGCGCGAUAAGGACAAGGAGUUGGCCGCCUCGCUGAUGGUGGCCUGUCUUAAGCGACUACUGCCGGUCGGACUGAACCUGUUCGGGGGUCGGGAGCAGGAACUGGUCCAACACGCGAAAGAAAAAUUUCUGAAACGUCGACCCGAUGCCGACAUUUUCGACUACGUUAAGACACAGUUGACAUUACCCGAUAAAAUUGAUCCAUCAGAUGAUAUGUCGUGGCAACACUAUCUGUACUCGAAACUGGGAUCUAAAAAAUCGUCGACUACUGCUGCCCUAACAGGCACUGCCCUAAGUGGUAAAGAGCUGGCACUGGUAGCCGAUAAGUCGUCACACCAUCAUCACGCAAAAGAUCCGCAUAUGGCUGCCGACCAACUGGUCGAACGGAUCAUCGAUAUGUCGAAAGUGUUGUACGGACUUCAUAUGAUUGACCACCCGGGCGGCCAGCAAAAGGGUGUUUGGAGAAGCUGUGUGUCCAGUCAGAGAAAGAGGGCCGUCAUCGCAUGUUUCCGCAUGAUUUCGUUGCACUCGUUGCCCAGGCACCGGGCGAUGAACAUAUUUGUCAAGAUCUACUCGGAUAUGUGGCUUAUAGUGGAAAACGUUGGCCACGAACGGCUGAUUGAGGACAACACCCAGAGCUUCGAGGAAGCAGAGAAAAAGACCGACGAAGACGAAGCCGACAAACCGGAUCCCAUCAACCAAUUGGUUACCGCCUUCUCCCGGGCGGCCACUACCGAAUUGGGCGGUGCCAUGAAAGAGGACGGCCUGUAUAUGGACUAUGCGUUCAUAUUUAUGCAAAGCAAUGGCGGCGCCGAAGAGGAAGAGGAGGAAGAAGGCGGCGGUGGCGGUGAUGACGGUGAAGAUGGUGGUGGCGGAGGAGGAGGAGGUGGUGGCGGUGGCGGUGAUGAAGGACCGUCUAUUCACGAACAGGAAAUGGAAAAACAAAAACUACUGUUCCAACAGAAACGACUGGCCGAUCGGGGUGUAGCCGAAAUGAUACUGUUAUACAUAUCGGCCUGUCGUGGUGUCCAAUCGCAGAUGGUAUUGAAAACAUUGAAACUGGGGAUCAGUUUACUGAAAGGCGGUAACUGUGAGGUACAGUUGCGUAUGUUGAAGCACUUGAAGGAGAAAAAAGAUGUCGGCUUUUUCAUAUCCAUUGCCGGUCUGAUGAACUCGUGUUCGGUACUGGAUUUGGACGCUUUUGAACGCAACCAGAAAGCCGAGGGUUUGGGUGCCGGUGCCGAGGGUACGACUGGCGAAAAAAAUAUGCACGAUGCCGAGUUUACGUGUGCACUGUUCCGGUUUAUACAGCUAUUGUGCGAGGGUCAUAAUCUGGAGUUUCAAAACUACCUGCGCACCCAGGCCGGUAAUACUACUACAGUCAAUGUGGUUAUAGCAACGGUCGACUACCUACUCAGGCUACAGGAGUCGAUUAUGGAUUUCUAUUGGCAUUAUUCAAGUAAAGAAAUUAUCGACCAAAGUGGCCAGGAUAAUUUUAUUAAAGCUAUUACUGUCGCCAAACAGGUAUUCAGCACCCUAACCGAAUCGAUACAGGGGCCCUGUAUUGGCAAUCAACAAGCACUGGCCCACUCUCGCCUAUGGGACGCUGUAGGCGGUUUCAUGUUUUUGUUUGCCCACAUGCAGGAUAAACUGUCGAAAAACUCGUCCCAAUUGGAUCUACUACUGGAACUGUUGGAUCUGCAAAAAGAAAUGGUAAUUAUGAUGCUAUCGAUGCUCGAAGGAAACGUCAUGAACGGUACUAUUGGCAAACAAAUGGUCGAUACACUGGUCGAAAGUGCGGCCAAUGUUGAGAUGAUUCUCAAGUUUUUCGACAUGUUUCUCAAGCUCAAGGAAGUGAUCACUUCAAGCACUUUCCAGGAGAUCGACAAACGUAACAUCGGUUGGGUGACAGCCAAAGACUUCCAGAAGGCUAUGGAACAGCAGAAGAUCUACGCCACCGAAGAAAUCCAGUAUCUGAUGUCGUGUUGCGAACCCAAUCACGACGGCCUUAUCGACUAUCGGGAAUUUACCGAACGUUUCCAUAAUCCGGCCAAAGAUAUCGGUUUCAAUUUGGCCGUAUUGUUGACCAAUCUAUCCGAACAUAUGACCAACGAUCCCCGUUUGCAGCGGUUCCUCGAAACGGCAUCGUCGGUGUUGAACUAUUUCGAGAACUAUUUGGGACGAAUCGAAAUCAUGGGUUCGGCCAAUCGUAUCGAACGGGUCUACUUCGAGAUCAAAGAGGAGACGAUUAAUCAAUGGGAAAAACCGCAGAUCAAAGAGUCGAAGCGGGCCUUCUUCUACUCGAUUGUUACCGAAGGCGGCGAUAAGGAAAAACUGGAAGCGUUUGUCUCGUUCUGCGAGAACGCCAUCUUUGAGAUGCAACACGCGAGCAGUAUAUCCAUGGAGGACGAUGAAGAACCAACCAAAGCUGGUGAUUAUCCCUAUCCGUCCAGCGAGGAGACGCCUCCCUCAGCCAUCGAACCCAUCAAAAAUGUUUUCCGCUAUUUCUGGACAAUCAUGUGUUCGGUGUUUGCCGUAUUCAAGCCGUCAAAUAUACGCAAACAGUGGAACCGAUUGAAAGAAAAGACAUAUCUCGAGCUAUUUAUCGGUAGUUUUAAACUGACCUUUGGUUCGCUAUUUUUUGUCGGCUAUACCGUCUACGCGGUCAACAAAUGUGUACUGAAAUUCAUACUAAAGCUAAUGAUUGGCGAACCGAUUGGCGGCGCUUUGGAAGAGGAGGAGUAUGAAUACGAAGAGUCGAAAGCACUGAUACCGUCGGUGUCGAUGAUGGCCGGAGCCGGUAGUGUCAACUAUGGAUCGAUGGGCGGCAGCGGUGGCGGCGGUGGCGCCGAUAGUAACAACAUUAUGAACAGCAGCGGUGGUAGCCGUAUGGCUAUUAUGAGUGCCGACGAUAUUGCCAGCGGUCAUGAAGGGGUGUCGGCUGGAGGAGUAGAUGACGGCCAGUCAGGUGAAGGCACAGUCGGUGGGGAUAAUACUCAGGCGACGUCCGCUGUCGGCGACGGUCAAGACACAGGAGAUCAGUCAACAAAACGUCAGACAAACGGCGACAUAAAAGCUAUCGAAAGUGCAGAGACCGAUACCAUCGAUGACGGUGUUUCCAAAUCGGACGAUACGAUUAGCAGUUCAGCUGAGCCGACAAAACCAACAUCGGCUGCUUUCGAGGACAGGACUGGUGGCCAAUCGGAAGCCUCUGGUAGUGGUGGUGGUGAGGCGUCGUCGUCACCAGUAGUCUCAUCGUUGCCCAACUUCGGGAACUAUACAAAACGUUUUGUCUACUGUUUGGCCCGUAAUCUCUAUACUAUCAAAAAGUUUGCCCUAUUUUUGGCGUUCAUCAUGAAUGUGAUGCUAAUGUUCUACAAAGUGUCCAGCAAUUUGUCGACUGCCGACGGCGGUGAUGGCGGCGAUGGGGAACAGGAAGGUAGUGAUAAUGGCGGCGGUGACGAUCUAGAGUUGGUGGCCAACGGUAGUGCCGAAGUGAUUGGCGAAAUCAUUAGCGAAAUGACUACUGUUGCCGCCGAUAUAUUAUCAGGCAUUGGUGACGAUGAUGACGGUACCGGUGGUGGCGGCGGUGGUGACGAUGACGACAAUCUUAUCGAAUGGAUUCAGAUGGAAGAGGGCUGGUAUUAUUUGGAACCGGCCCUCAGAUUGCUGGCACUGUUACAUUCGGCCCUAUCGUUUUGUAUGCUCAUAGCCUACUAUAACCUGAAGGUGCCGUUGAUUAUAUUCAAACGUGAAAAAGAGAUUAGUCGUCGACUAGAGUUUGACGGCCUAUUUAUUAGCGAACAACCCGAAGAUGACUAUCGGGCCCAAUGGGAUAAACUGGUUAUUAGUACGCCAUCUUUCCCCGUAAACUACUGGGACAAGUUUGUCAAGAAACGUGUCCGUGCUAAAUACUCGGAACAGUAUGAUUAUGAUAAUUUGUCGGCACUGUUAGGUAUGAGCAAACAGGGCAGCGGCGGCUCAUCAUUGGAUGACCAGUCGUCGGCCGGUAGUGGCGGCGGCGGAAGCGGCUACUUGUCGAUCAUAACACAGUGCGACUGGAAGUACCAGAUCUGGAAAGUUGGGGUAACAUUCAUGGAUAAUGUAUUUCUAUAUAAUUUGGUUUACUUUAUACUGUCAGUGUUGGGACAGUUUAGCUAUUUUUUCUUUGCCGCCCACCUGUUGGACAUAGCCGUAGUCAUACCGACGCUCAAGACUAUACUACAGUCCAUCACUCAUAAUGGCAAACAGUUGGUUUUGACGCUAACCCUACUGGUAAUAGUUGUCUACAUCUAUACGGUUAUUGCGUUCAACUUUUUCCGACGAUUUUAUGUCCAGGAAGAGGACGAUCAGGUGAACCAAAAGUGUCAUAACAUGUUUACGUGCUUUGUGUUUCAUCUGUACAAAGGUGUCCGCGCGGGCGGCGGUAUUGGCGACGAGAUUGAGUCGCCCGACGGCGACGAAUACGAGGCCUAUCGUAUCAUAUUUGACAUUACUUUCUAUUUUUUCAUUAUUGUUAUUUUGGUGGCCAUUAUUCAGGGUCUUAUCAUCGAUGCAUUUGGUGAGCUCAGGGAUCAGCUACAAUCGGUUACCGACGAUAUGGAGUCCAAUUGUUUCAUAUGUGGUAUCGGUAAAGACUAUUUCGAUAAAGUACCCCAUGGUUUCGACACACAUGUAGCCAAAGAGCAUAAUCUGGCCAACUAUAUGUUUUUUCUGAUGCACCUGAUUAACAAACCCGAUACCGAUUAUACCGGUCAGGAAACCUACGUAUGGGAACUGUAUCAGAAAAGGACGUGGGAUUUCUUUCCCGUCGGUGAAUGUUUCCGUAAACAAUACGAGGAUGAACUGGGAGGACAAACAUGAGAGAGAUAGAGAGAGAGAGAGCUACCGGUGCUCUCAUACUAUAUAUGUUAAUUGAUAGAUACCUACCUACCCAUUAACGCUCAUUGAUAUGUAUCGACAGCUCAUUGAUGAUGACUCCCUAACCUUCCUUAUCAUCCGUUAUUGUUGUUGUUGUUUAGGUCAUAGUUUUAGAUUAUAAAAAUAAAUUGUUUUUUUCGGUUACAAACUA